CCUAUCGCUUUUUCCAUUUUUCUCCAUCGUCUUCCUCCUCAGUCCUCCUCACCAAAGUUUUUUUUUUUCUCCAGAAGCUUCUUCUUCACCUCAUCUUCGAAGAUCCUCAGAAAAUGACGUCAUCAUCGGCUUUGAUUUGUGAUACCGAAGCCUGGAAGGCUUUGAAGGGACAUGUAGAAGAUAUUAACAAGACUCAUUUGCGUGAGUUGAUGAGUGAUGCUAAUAGAUGUCAGUAUAUGAUGAUGGAAUUUGAUGGGAUUCUGUUGGAUUAUUCUCGACAGCGUGCAACUGUAGAGACGAUGGACAAGCUUUUGAACUUGGCAAAGGCUGCACAGUUGACAGAGAAGAUCAGCCGUAUGUUCAAUGGAGAGCAUAUUAACAGUACGGAGAACAGGUCAGUUCUUCAUGUUGCGCUCCGUGCUCCAAAAGAUGCAGUUAUUAAGGCUGAUGGAAAGAAUGUGGUUCCAGAAGUGUGGAACGUUUUAGAUAAGAUCAAGGAAUUUUCUGAGAAAAUUCGCUCUGGUUCAUGGGUUGGAGCUACGGGCAAACCAUUGAAAGAUGUUGUUGCAGUUGGUAUCGGUGGCAGCUUCUUAGGUCCACUGUUUGUGCACACGGCUAUUCAAACAGAUCCUGAAGCUCUAGAGUGUGCUAAAGGACGCCAGCUGCGAUUCCUGGCAAAUAUUGAUCCUGUCGAUGUCGCGAGAAAUAGCAAUGGCCUAAAUCCAGAAACCACCCUAGUUGUGGUGGUCUCAAAGACAUUUACAACUGCUGAAACAAUGCUAAACGCUAGGACAUUGAGGGAAUGGAUUACAACUGCUCUUGGGGCUUCGGCUGUUGCAAAACACAUGGUUGCUGUCAGCACUAAUCUUGCGUUAGUGGAGAAGUUCGGUAUUGACCCAAACAAUGCAUUUGCAUUUUGGGAUUGGGUUGGCGGCAGGUACAGUGUUUGCAGUGCUGUUGGAGUCUUACCUUUGUCGCUGCAGUAUGGCUUCCCUGUGGUUGAGAAGUUUUUGAAGGGAGCGUCAAGCAUUGAUCAGCAUUUCCAGUCCACACCAUUUGAGAAGAAUAUACCCGUGCUUUUAGGGUUGUUGAGUGUAUGGAAUGUAUCGUUUCUUGGAUAUCCUGCCAGGGCCAUCUUACCUUACUCUCAAGCCCUUGAGAAAUUUGCGCCGCACAUUCAACAGGUUAGUAUGGAGAGUAAUGGAAAGGGAGUCUCAAUUGAUGGUCUGCCUCUCUCGUAUGAAACUGGUGAGAUUGAUUUUGGUGAACCUGGAACAAAUGGUCAACACAGCUUUUACCAACUAAUUCACCAGGGACGCGUAAUCCCUUGUGAUUUCAUUGGUAUCGUGAAGAGUCAGCAACCUGUGUACCUGAAGGGAGAGAUGGUCAGUAACCAUGACGAGCUAAUGUCCAACUUUUUUGCCCAGCCUGAUGCGCUUGCAUAUGGAAAAACACCGGAACAGUUACAGAAAGAGAACGUUUCAGAAAAUCUCAUUCCCCACAAGACAUUCUCCGGCAAUCGACCUUCUCUUAGUCUUCUACUUCCAGAAUUGACUGCUUACAGUGUUGGCCAGUUGUUGGCAAUCUAUGAACACAGAGUUGCAGUUCAAGGCUUUGUUUGGGGUAUCAAUUCGUUCGACCAGUGGGGAGUUGAGCUUGGAAAAGUUCUGGCUACUCAGGUUAGGAAGCAGCUUCAUUCAUCACGCACUCAAGGAACACCUCUCGAGGGAUUCAAUUACAGCACCACCACACUUUUGAAACGAUAUCUCGAGACAAGUUCCGAGCCGCAGACCUGAUGAACGAGCCCCUCUUUCUCCUUCAACCACACGCGAACAAGCCCCAAGUUCCGAGCAUUUUUCACUUUUGUUCUUCUUUUUCGCACUGUCCCUAAUCAGUGUACUUCAUUAGCAUUCAUAAAUCAUCUAAAAAUGAGUACUAAUAAUCCAAACCCCAUAAUUUCAGAAUUGGGAGCAUAAUCAGAUGAGCUUUAAGAAUAUUUCACAACAUGUUUGUAUCCUAAUUCACCAAACCAAAUCAGGAUAAUAACACAUAGCCGAUGCUAAACAUUA